UUGCUUAGAGAUCAUAAACAACAAGGCUAUUGUGAAGGAUGUGUGGCUGCACUUCUAGCACUCAGAACUCAAAACUAUAUUCCGUGAAUCAACUCGGUGCUGCUUCGACUCAAAAAACAACUUCAGCUACUGCAAACAUGCCCAAACGCACACCUAUAUCCAAGCAGCUGGCUUCUGUGAAAGCUCUAGGGAAAGGCUCAGACCUGGAGAAAGCAUUUGCUACCGUAGCCUUGGUUUACAACAACUCUGCUGACCCCGAGGGCAAACUCAGCAAAGCUGAAACCAAAACCCUGCUGCAAACCCAGUUUAUGAAUUUCAUACAGGGCCAAGAAAGCAAACCAAAAUACCAGGAAAUCAUUUCUGCCCUUGACGAGGACAAAGAUAACAAAAUUGAUUUUGAAGAUUUCAUGAUCUUGCUCCUCAGCCUCGCUCUGAUGUCAGACCUCCUGCAGGAGAUCAGAAAUCUCAGAACCACGAAGUGAGCCGUCCUCCCCGCAGAGACUGAAAGGAAGAACUAUGUACAUAAGGGAAGGAGCAGCCAGAAGUGGGAACACAGGAAUAAAUGGCAAAUAUUUGGAUGCACUAA